AUGAUUUUCAAUGCUAUCAUCAGCCUGACGAUCAUCGGAAUCACGUCCGCACACAUGGAGAUGAGCUGGCCGUAUCCUCUACGCAGCAAAUAUGAUCCUCAAGCAACUUCGGCCGACUACUCAAUGACGGAUCCAUUGAAGACGGAUGGCUCCAACUUUCCUUGCAAAGGCUACCACACCAAUACUCCAUGGCGCUCAAUAACCACCUACACCGCAGGACAGAAAUACAACAUCAGCCUAGCUGGUUCGGCUACGCAUGGAGGAGGAUCCUGUCAGUUGUCACUCAGCUACGACAACGGCACUUCAUUCCACGUGAUUGAGUCCAUCGAAGGGGGCUGUCCCUUGGAGUCAACAUACAACUUUAGUAUGCCCAGUGAUGUUGCUGAUGGUGAUGCUCUUUUUGCAUGGACUUGGUUCAAUCUCGAAGGAAAUCGCGAAAUGUACAUGAACUGUGCCGAUGUUACAAUUACAGGGGGCAAGGGAAGUCCUGAUUCUUUCGAGUCAGCGUACCCCGACAUGUUUGUGGCUAACACUGGAAACGGUUGCAAAACCGUAGAGAAACAAGAGAUCAUCUUUGCACAGCCAGGAGUCCAAGUAAUUUAUGGGGAGGGUGUGUCUUCGUCGAGCCCACCAUUCCCUUCUUGUUCAUAAUUGGUUUUCCAUCCCCUACAGGUUAG